AUGACAACUGAGUCGCUGGAUCGAGAUGCAGACCUGGCCGCAUCCUCCCCGCCGAAGAAACGGGCAAAAUAUACCCAGAUUGCCUGCAAUGAAUGUAAACGGCGCAAGCUCAAGUGCAGUGGAGGUUCUGUGUGUACGCGCUGUUCGCGCAGCAAGAUCCCUUGUCUCUAUCCAAAUGAUCGCACGCCAAUCCUAGAGACUGAAUUUAAAGAUGCACGAGUCGGCCCGAGAUUCGAGUCCGUUGAGCGGCAGUUGGACAUGCUGCAGCGGGAGAUGCGGAGCAUGUCUGCCCGUCUGCGAGAACUCGAAGCAUCUACCUCGCCGUCCUCACGACCAAUGAAGACCUCGACUCCGAGGGAGCUAGAUCGCAUUUUGAACGCACCGAAGUCACCGCCGUACGUUGGACCGACAAGUGCGGAGUUUGGUUUGCAUCGACAGCGGCCUUCAUCUCAAGAACCUGGUAGUGACGAAGUGGCUGAUGAGGAUAUGCCGUCGUCCACACCCACCCGGAGUCCCUCCCCAGAGGAGACAGCCUCGCAUGUGGGGAGUGAUUUCCGCCUCAGACUUGAUGAUGCCCUACGUUUGGUGCAGGUGUAUGAGGACCUGGUCGGCAUUGUGUAUCCCUGCGUGGAUAUAGACAGUGUUCGCGCUUAUGUGCACGAGUACUAUCGCUCUCAUGACGCAAUUCUCACUGACGCGUCUGAGUCGCAAGAUAAAGCAUCAACAGACCAAGAUUGGUUUUUUGCUCGUGAUAUCCAGGUGUUGAAGUUAAUCCUCGCGACUGCACUAUUGGCCGAGUCCCAUGGUCGAAGCGAAGCUGCGGCGCAGCUUGCAGAUAGCGUUGAAGACCGGUUCGCGGGUCGGUUUAAAGUUGCGGAGGUGGAUAUGAAAGAGAUUCUGAUUAUGACAUUGUUGUCAAUUUUCCACUCCUAUCGCGACGAUGAGGUUAUCUCGUGGCGCAUGAUCCGCAUCGCGACUAGUGCUUGCAUGGAACUGGGCCUUCACCGGCAAGAAACCUGGCAACGAACUGGGGGUGUCUUCCCCGGUGAACUCGCUUGGACAUGGGCGAUGCGUCUUUUCUGGUGCAUCUAUGUGCUAGACCGGAAGUGGUCUUUUGGCAGUGGAUUGCCCUUUGGCAUGCAAGAUCUCGACAUGGAUACCAACCUCCCCGAGCCUGGCCACUCCACUCCCUACUUAACCUGCAUGAUCUCCUAUGCGCGGUUGAGCACUAAGAUCUGGGGCUUGUUUAUGGAAUGGCCGAAGCACUCGCGAGUGGCUACGUCUGAUAAGUGCGCCCAGUUAGAUGCACAAGUGCAACAGUGGAUUUGGUCAAUCCCGCGCGAGUUACGCUUCAACCCGAACUGGCAGUCUGGCUCCCUUGCGAGGCCGGAGCAUUCAGAGCACAAUGACCGAACGAUGAUGUUACAGGUCUUGCUUGCGCUGCAAGGUAACCAGCUCCGGACUCUCGUGUAUCGACAGAAUCUGCAAAGCAGUGAGCACAUUGCUGCAGAUAUUGCGGGAGCUACUACAGCUGUAGAAACAGCGAAGAGCACCAUUCAUAUACUGGACUAUUUCAGCGGUGUGACGAACAUAUACUUCCAACGCCCGGAGCCGUUCAAUUACUUCCUCAUAUCUGCGUUGGCAGCGCUCCUCUUGGCAGUCCUACACGCACCGAGUCGCUUCAGUCACGUCUGUCGGCCAGAGUUCUACACAGCUAUCGAGCUCGUUCGUCGCUCUGCGACUCGUGCCCGAACAUCAAGACGGUUACAGAAGAUCAUCCGCAGUUUGAAACGCAUCCAAUUGCACAAAGGUGGCCCAGAUCCCCAGCCAUUCGGCUCUCACAAACGCCCAUCAAAGACAGGAAACCGGGGCACCAAGCGGGCCUUUGAUCACCACAUCCAUCCGGCUGCACAAACCGACUCGAACUCGUCCCGCGGUCCCUGGGACUUCAAUCCACUCUCCACUCCAUCUUCGCAGCCUACGUCUACAUUCAAUACGAGCCAACCCUAUGACACCUCAACGACUUCCCUGCAAUUUUCUCCCACUACAAUGAUAGACGAGUCCAACAUCUGCGAGGACCUGAGUAGCUUCUUCGAAAAUGCCGGAGACCUCUAUUUCGAUUCUCAUGUGAACGCGGACCUCCAUCUGUCGAGCGGAGCGGACUUGUCUCGAGCCAAAGGUGUGGACAUGGGCUUCUUCUCUGUCCCUACGAACCCGCUGUCUCCCAGCAACGCCUUUGAUGCCUUUGAGGCUGAUAAUGAAGAGUUGACGCGGGUUAUGGCCGGUUUACUAUAA